UAUAUAUACCCUGGAAACUCCUGUCGGACAAAUAGACACGACAUGUCACGGCCACGUGAACAGAAUAACGGUCUCUCCGACUCCCACUGCUUUCGCCGCCGCCAUUCCCAAUCCGAUCUACAGGAUAUCGUGUCUCACUCUUUGGACUCCAACUACAAUGGCAUCUUCAGGCCACUGACUAUCUUCCCACCUCCAAUUCAAUCGUGCAGUAGGCAGUUCGACAUGGUCAUCAAUACUGCAUCUAACGUUCCAUGGUGCAUCCGCAGCCAUACCACGCUAUUCUCGUCCUCGGGGUCGAAACCGGUCUCUGUACCCGACAACGAGCAUACGACGUCUGGUAUUUUCCCACCGUCCCUUAUUCAAACAGAGAACUCACGGAGACAUCAAUCGCUUUCCUUGCAGAGAGUAUUCUCUUUCUGUCGGCCGUGCUCGUUUUACAUCUGAGCCAAUUCUGACCGCCAUUGGCACCGGCUGACGACGAACACCGAGGGUGGCAUCCCUCAUGAGCGCAGAUAAAACUAUUUCCGGAUGAUCGCAAAGAGAGUCGAAGAAUAUUGCGUACCCGAAGAUUAGGACGUUACUCUAUG